AUGGAAAUGAUAGAUGAAUGGGUAAAACCAACACAAACGGAAAUUGUAAAUAAUGACAAGUCAGACGGCAAAACACAUAAUAAUAUUCAGAAUAAAGCAACCGUAUCAAGAACAAAAAAUCAAUGUAAUGAUGGCAUAGAUGAAUUUUCAAAAAAUGCAAUAAAAAAUGAAUACUAUGAAUUUAUAGAGGCAAAGCAUGGCGUUAAAUACAUUGAAUAUUGUAUGAAGCAUCUGAAGCAUGUUGUCGAUCAAAAUUCUGCGAAACCGAAAAAUUAUGACAAAUGGACGGAUAAAGAACAAUGUGAACAUGUAUUAAAUAAUAUAAAAACAUAUGUCCCAAAUGUACCAGACUCCUUAUUAUUUGUUAUGCCCGCCGUAUUGCGUCGGGGAGAUUGUGGAAAUUCAACGGACAAGCCGCUCUGGUUAGAUAUGGAAAAGUUCCAGAGAGGUCAAAAGUUUGCACGAGAUCAUAUUUUCUCGAUUUUUUUCGCUAACGCAUUAUCGCUUUUCAUGUUAUUCACUUCUACAGAUGGUCUUAAAACAUUAAUCUUCACCCAAAAAUCUCACACGCCAUAUUUAGCGUUCAAAAGAUAUUUGUCCUCGAGUCGUCGUGAAAGAAUUUGGAUGAUGGAAAAUCCAUGGAUUAAGGGCACGCGAGCUUAUAACGACGUACAAACCGUGCGUAGAAUGCACCGUGCGGUACGAUUAAAACUCUGCAAACAAGACACCGAGGAAUUUGACAAAACCAUUAAAAUUCAAAAUCUAUGCUGCCCAAGCAGAAAAACAAUUUUAGAAGAUGUUUCUUCAUUGAUAGUAGAAAAUGAUUUUCUUCAUUUGGCGCCCAAAUUCACAGGACUAAAUCAAGCUGAUAUGGCAAGCACGCAAUUCGCUUUCAUGGGGAUGGUUCUGUUGUACCCUAACCAAUUCGGCGUUUAUGCUAGUGAUGAAGAUAUGGAAGCCUUUUGUCAUACAUGGAAAGGUCUAGGAUAUCUUCUUGGUAUAGAAGAUCAAUACAAUUUCUGUCGCGGCAGUCUGAAAGAAAUUAAGCAGAGAGCGCACGACUUUGUUGAAUUUUGGCUAAAAUUCUAUUUGCGUGAAGUAACACCCGAAUGGGAACAUAUGUUGAGAUGCAUUACGGAAUGUGGGAGUUACAUGAAUGAUUAUCUUAGUAAUUUCACAUUUGAAAUGUUACUAUUGUUCGUCACCGACUUGUUAAACAUCGAUAUGCCACGUUUACGAAGUACGCUCACUUAUUUUCAACGAUUUAAGCUUAUGCUUCUACGCUUUAUACUUCGCUACGCCAUGAAGUUACAAUUUGUAAAAGACUUUAUGAAUAAGACACUUCAUGAGACACUUGAUAAAGCAGUUAAAUAUGGACCUGAAAAGCAUAAGACACUCAAGAAAAGAUCAGAGAAAUUUUUAAAUGAAAAGGACUUGCCAUAA